CCAGACCUGCGGUUGAGCCCGAGAGACAGAAACAUCGGCCAAGGCCGGGCCGAGUAUACCAUCUUCGAAGACGCAUUUGCCAGCCGCCUCCCAGCAUGUCCGGCAAGCCCAGCGCCAGCCAGACACCCUUUGUGUUUCAGAAAACGGCCCUGGGCAGCGUCGCUGUGCCGACAAUCCAGCCCCAACAACGUCUCCCGACCACCACCAACCCCAAGUCUGGGCCUACAGCUUUUGACGGCGAGACGGGCGACUUUCCGCCGGCUCGGGCGGCUGCCGAGACAUCCAGAUCCACGACCGGCCGAGCCCCCUCGAAACCGCCCCCAAUGAGUGCGUCGCCGCCGCCGCAGUGGCCCAAUCCCGCACAGAGCAGAUCAGCGCCGCGCCGAGGCUCGGCAGACAAUCUCGACAUGAAUCCGACACACGGCCUGCUGCAUCGAAUACCCAAAAUGAGGGUCGAGGAGCUCACGGACCAGCUGAUUCCGCCUCUGAUGGUCUUCUGCGACGAGGCUGCUAUGGAACAGCUAGUGGCCGAUUGCGUAGCGUCGAUCAGAAGCUUGACCCCCAGCAACGAGGACGACUGCGUGGCCCCCUUAGAGCGACUGCAAGGACAUGUCGAUAUCCUUACCGCAACGUUCCGAAAGAUUCUGGAUUCACCGCCAUCGAUUGCCCGAUUCGUGGUCGAGUACGAUGCCUCCAAUACAGUGCUUGAUAAGAUUUGCUGGCCAACAACCAAGCUCAUCGCUGAGUUCUUUACGACCCUGGCUCCCUUGAAAACAACAGUAUCUGAGUCAUCUGCCGCCAGAAAGCGCCUCGAUGACCUCGCUGGGAAGGUUCUCGGCUUGCUCAAUAACGGUGCAGAGGUUGUUUUGGAUCGACUGCCGACAAACACAUCAAGCUUGGCAAUCGCACAACGAUUUCACAAAGCCAUGGUUCUCGAGUUGCUGUCGCUUCUGGACAAGCCUUAUAUCGGCAGGGAAUUGCGGUGUGUGCGACAAAUCUGGAGGCUCCUGGAACUGUCGUUCCGCCAUCGGUCGAAGCUGGAUCCGUCUGGCGACACUGCGUCGAUGACUGUCGAGCGUCUGUCACAAAAUGCGGUUCAGAUGUUGAGCAAUUUAUUCCGUAUGGCGACUCAAGUUGUCGGAACGGAGACACACUCGAUGAUAAUCAAAUCCAUUUUGGCGGCUGCCUUAUUCUUUGCGAACUGCCUCGAGCGUGUGAUCAAGGCCUACGUCACAGAACUUCCAAAGGGCUCUAUGUUUCCGAAAACUAUGGAUAUUCUCUAUUUCCUGAGCAUGAUCUAUUUUUGCGACAAUCAUCUUGGUACCCUCAGUUCGAUGUCGCUGUUUUCAAAGCUGGAUGCAGUACUGGCUCUCCUGUCUUCUCCUGGCUUGGAAGAGAACCAGCAGGCAUGGUUUCUUUCGAGUUUAUGCAAAUAUGACCUUGAGUCACAGCGUGCCUACUCCCCUCAGCUGGUCAAGCAAGAUGCAUUUGCGCUUGCCAAGAUCCAGGUCCUUAUAUUCCCACUCAGGAGUCUCCAUAUCACCCGGCCCGAGAACCAGGAAUCUCUGGUUGAAGAAGUCACUGGCAGUUUGCUAUGGUGCCUCGAUCACAGCAAUCCGUUCGACGCUGUACGUGUGCCCUCGAGCCAGGCGGGCACACUCUAUUCUGGUCUUGUAACGAGUACUGUGGUAUUUGCAAGUCUGCUCGACGAAGGAUCCUUGAACGUCUUCACUAAGAAAAUGACCCAGGCACUCAUCAAUUGCCACUCCGACCUGGUGUACACAUUCAUUACCGAUACCAUGUGUUUCCUUAUUGAUCAAAGACCGGUCUGUACUUUCGAAUGCUAUGUGCGACAGCUGCUGCCGGGGCUAGUUGGCAGGGUAUCAGCACACCACGCGCUGUCUGUGCGGCUGUCGAGGUUUGCUGGGCGGAUCUCGAUGGCGUUCGCCCACAAGCUCAGCCAGCGCGGUCCUGUGGACGCAACAAAGCUCCUGCCCGAAGGCGGACUACUCAAGAAGUUUCAAAGCACAGACAACGACUAUGUUCAAUAUCGAAUGGAUAUACUAUCGCGCCUGGGAUGCUCAAUUGGAUACGAUAUCCAACCGGCAGAGUCACUCGAGGAGCAUGUAGAAGUGUGUUGGCGAAUCUGCACACGUCUGACAAGCUGCCUUGAAGACGAAAAUUCUCCAAAAGAGGCACUCAGAUGCUUCCAUGCCGUGUCUGUCGCACUGGGCUGUCUGAGGCAAACGAUUCAACCGAGCACAGUCCACCCAUCCGAUGCGCGAUCGGUGUCGCAUUUGGACUCAGUCUCAAAUAUGCUUGUGGCUCUAGUUGGAAAUAUCCAUAGCGUCGUAAGCUUUACGCACACGCUCAUCGCACUCCCGGAAGAUGCCGAAAUGGUCAACCAGAUCUUUAUCACAACGCAGACUAUAGUCGAACUUCUCUGCGCAAUUCGACACACGCUCUCACCGACAUCAAUCCAGCAGCUGGUUGAGGCAUUCGUUGUUUGGACUCAGUCGCCCAUGAGCGAUAUCAUACCGGUGGACGAUGCGCUUGAACUGUGCUUUCGGCUCCUUGAGGAUACUCCUGAUGCGGCACAGCUCCUGACCGCCGAGUUUGGCCAGCUUCUUGAAUACGCUGCCUCAGACAGAUCCAGUUGGCUGACACGCCAACGCUUCGAGUUGCUUCAACCUUCGGAUCCAUCCAGUUUCCCGGCUGCUUUCAGCGAGCUGCAGCUUCGAAUCCAAACGAGCCACUCCAGCCAUGCUCUCAACCCCCUCCAGCAAGUCGCACUGCCUCGCUCCCUUUACGUCGCCGUUAUGCCUGCGGAUUCUGGUUCAGCGGCACCGUUGUCCACGACAAAUGUCAGCCUCAGCGGGAGGUACUGGCGCCCUCCACCAACGGCCCCCGAGUCCCCCGUGGAAACGAUGCGGUCGCCUGGCCAGGGUGCAAGGAACCGAUAUGACGCAGCGUCCUCAUCUGCACAGCCGUCAUUUUCGUCGGCAGUGUCGCCAACAGCAGCAUCAGAGUCAGCGGCUGAGAUGCUGGAUCAGAGCGUGAGCGUACUGAUGGCUCAUCUCCAGGACAACCGCAGCGGGCCACUGCUUGAUGGCCAGCGGGAGAGACUGUUGGCGCUGGCAUCGUUGCUGCAGAGCAAGCUCGGGUCUGGGAGAUAGUCGGCGUCUCCCAAAGCCUCUUGGGAAUCCGACCCAAGACAUCCGCACUCUCUAAAGCACCGGUCUGCAAAUCACCGUGGCCAAGACUGGCCAAGAGCACAUCGCUUGUGUUCUUGAGGUUGCGGCCUCGAGCCGACGCCGCCCUCUGCGCCAGCCCA